AUGUCGGCGUCUUGGACCCCCCUGGAUGCUCAGCUCUUGCAGCAGUCGGGCGGAGCUUUCGAUCCGCAGCAGAUGCGGUCGCUUCGGCGGCCGCCAGCUUCCAGACAGCGGGCCUCCGGUCUCUCCGAUCGCGUCUCCAUCUUGACGCCGACGACAGCUUCCCGCCGUGAGUUUCACGAGCAGCUUUGGGCCUGUUUCCUGGCCCAGACAUGGUCGGACAAGGAAUUGGUUGUGGUGGAGACUUACGAGGACGAGCCUUCUGAAGUUCUUGAAGCUCUGGCAGAGCAAGAUGAGCGCCUCGUGCAUGUAGCUCUCCGUCGACUCCCUGGCGAGGAUUUCAGUGUUGGACUGAAGCGCAACAUGUGCGUUCAUUUAGCGAGUGGUGAUAUCUGCCUCAACUUCGACGAUGACGACUUGUAUGCCGAUGGCUACUGUGAAUGGAUGAUCCGAGAGAUGAGAAGCCAUGGCUGGGGAGCUGCGACGCUCUCCUCCUGGCACAAUUACUUCGUCCGAAGUGGAGUCUGUGGCUACUCGGAUCCAGAAUCUUGGGAUGUGGAGGAUUUGCAGGAAUUGACGGAGACCAUAUAUGGGUACGGCUUCAGCUACGUCUUUAGACGAUCACUGGCUCUCUGCCAUCCAUACCCCGAUCUGGACUUUGGCGAAGAUGCUCCUUUUAUGCUUCAUUUGCGGAGUGUACUCGGGGAUGCUCGGGUGGGGCUGCUCAGAGACGAAGAAGGGAUGUGUCUACACAUCAUUCAUCGAGACAGCACGUGUGUUGACCCGGAAGUUUCCCACCUGCUCUCGGACGAUGAGCUUGAAAGUCUCCAGGUUUCUCAUACCGAAGCCUUCCGCAAGCUGAAAACGCCGUGGUACGUCGUGCUCUGGAAUCUGAUGUUCAGCACGGGCUUGGAAGAGCUUCGGCCGCCCAUUGAAGAUAAGGAGGAGAUGGCACGCCUAUUCGAAGGUUUUGAUGCACUGAACGACGGCAGAAUCACGCCUCCAGAGUGGCAUGGUACAUUGCAGAGUGGACAGCUCUUCCAGUCUCCAGAGGCUCUGCAGAAGGUACUGCACAUGGGCGCGGCAGAUAGCUCGAGCUGGAUUCACCGGUCGCCUCCGCAGCCAGACUCCCUCCCAGGGGCUGAGCAGAUCUCUGACCGCUCCAAGCUGAGCGGAAAUCUGGAAACUCUCUCUGCACACGCAGAAGGCAAGUUUCGGGAGAAGGCUGUGCAAUGGGCGGGGAGCAUGAGGAGCGCAUGCUCGAAAAUGGGUGUCCUCCAUGGCGACAUCUCGCUGAGCGCCUUCCAAGCGGCCAUCGGAGCCUUCGAGCCGCUUCUGGGAGGUGAAACCGCCAGCGCCUUGUUCAACAAGAUUGACGCGGACCACAAUGGCUUUAUCAGCAGCCAAGAGUGUUUCCUAUCGCAGCAAGAACUGCGGGAGCAGCUUUCAUCCGUGAAGUCGCUGCGCAACCUGUUCUGCGACGCUGAUUUCAACAACGAUGGUCAGCUUUCGCGGGACGAAUUCGGGAGACUUGGCAGGCUCUUGAACAAGGGGUCAUCUGCGGAGAGGUAUUCAGCCUACUUCGAUGAGCUAGCCGGGACUGGCCAGCCGCCGCUGACACUGGCAGCUCUUGAGACGCUGGCUGGCAGAUCCGAUUCUUCCCAGCACGCACUGUCCAAAGAAGAGAGCUCCAAGUACAACCUCCCUGCAAUUCUUCAUGGAAAGUGCAUUCUCAGUGUAAAGGGGGACAAUGUCCCACCAGGAUUGAGUGAGAAGGUGGGCAAGGCUUUCUCCACCACCCUCUCGCAGCAGCUCGGGGUCACAGUCAGAGUCGCAGGGUCGCAGGAGCAACGUGGAACAACAUCAAAAGAGUUUGAUGUGCUGUACACUUCCAAGACACAAGAUGGUGCAGUGGUUAUGCACAAGCUGCACGACAAUGCCGGCAGCAUUCAGUCGGAGUUGGAACAAGCAGUUGCAGCGAUGAUCUCAACAUCUGCUUCCACGAAUGCUUGGUGCAAGAGCACUCUGGACUUUUACGGUCCUGAGGCGGGCAAUCUCCCAAAAGGCCAAAAAGUCACGCAGGAAUUUGGUCAGCUGGCCGGUCGGGCCAAGGAAAGUGCGGUCCCGUAUGUCACAGGGCACUGA